AUGCCAAGCCAUGAGCACAGUGCAUCCUUCGUGGACCACUACGAGGUCCUGGGAUGCAAGCCUGAGUCAUCGGCGUCAGAGCUCAAAAGGGCUUAUCAUGAGAAACUUCGUGAGUUCCAUCCCGACAAGCGGCCUGAGAGCCGGGGCGAUACGGGCAGUCGGGUCACGCAGGCAGUGCUGGAUGCCUGGACGAUCCUCCAGGAUCCAGAAAAGAGAAAAUCUUACGAUAUCCUUUGGUCGAAGAUGAGGAGGGAACAGUCCGCUGCAGAAUUUGCGGAGGCACGCCGGAGGGAAGGCAACGAGCUAUACAAGGAAGCCCAGGCCCUUUCCAAGAUGUCCGGACCUGAUAGCCUUUCUGCUGCAACUGCAGCAUUGAGCAAGUACCAGGCAGCCAUUGAGAGAUAUUCUGAAGGCAUCGACAUAGCUCCAGAGGAUCACCGCAUUCGCAGCAAUCGCGCGCUGUGCUACAGCGCACUGAAGGACUGGGCAAAAUGCAAGGAGGAUGCAGUGGCCGUGGUUGAGCUGAAGCCUGACUUCAUGAAGGGCUGGUUUUUGCUCGCUAAAGCCCUUUGGAAGGAGGGCAGCCCUGUAGUAGCGCAAAGGCAACUGGACCAUGCCCUCCAGGUUUUGCCAGGCUGUGCUGAACUGUUGGCUCUGCAGGAAGAAAUGGCUGGAGAUGUUCAGGCUGCGGCUGGAGGCGAUCUCCUGCCACCCGUGCAGCGGUCAAGAAGCAGCCGGAAUGUUUCGCCAGCUUGCACACCCGUUCAAGGCAACUCGAGAUCAGGCUCUCGUGUGGCCACUCCGCCUCCUGUUCGUGGUGCCUCAAAAUCGUCGACAAGCGCCCGUCAGCGUUCUUCGUCUCGCCCACGUUACCAAAGUGCUGAUUGGGAGGAAACGGCCAGGUUCGGUGAGACGGAAGCGGACAGGACAGCCCACUUUGGUGAGUUUGAUGUUUCUCAUUCAUACUCCCACGCCUCCCAUGCUUCUGGACGUUCGGCGAGUCCCAUUCGGCCGCCACCUCCAGCUCCAGGGGCCCCGGGGAGCCCUGCACCCCCUCCGCCUCGAGAUCCUUCUCAUGGACAUCGUACAAAGCCAUCCUCGCUUGCUGGCAUGGCGGCAUCCAGUCGGCUCGGCGUUUUGUGGCUGCUUAUGGCGCCACCACAGAACCUUUCGCAUCACGAGCGGGACGCCAUAGGAAACACGCCUUUGCAUCAAGCUGCUGCAGGAGGAAACUUAGAGUGCGCAAAGUGCCUCAUGGCACAGGGCUGCGAUGUCCUCGCCAAAAACGAUCGAGGACAUACACCUUUCGCAUUGUGCACGGAUCCAGAUGUACAGCAGCUUUUGCAGAACGCAAUGAAUGCGACAGCCUGCAAGGCAUCCGGGAAGCAAUUUUCGUCUACAGUCUUGAGAUAUUUGUGCUCAUGGUCUUUAGAUGUUUUUUGCGAGAAGGAGAUCACACAGACAUUUGUGUAUGAGCAUCCGGAGGCAACCGAGAAGGAGAAGCCUGUAACCUGGUGCAACGAAGUGAGAGCGACCAUUCAAGAGCUUGAACAUCAGCUCAACCACGCAAUGCACCUCAAUCAGCUGGAGACGGUCACAGCCGCCUUGGAAGCAGCUGCCGAUAAGCCGGUUGACUGCAAGUUAGUGCAUCAGUGCAACCAGCUGAAGGAGAAGCUAGAAUCCGAAAUACAAUUGGGCAAAGCUAUGCAGGUGACAACCAUCACCGAUCUGGACGAGUUUGACAGUGUGCACGAUGCACUCAGUAAGGCAAUUGACGAUGCAGUUGCAAAAAAGGCUGAUCCAGUACGGGUCCAAGCCGCCAAAACACUGCGGCGCAAAUUGCUUGCAGAGGCAUCGCUGAUGCGAACUGUCCUCGGCCAGCAAAAAACUACAGUGGCUCACAUCAGCAUGCUGCAGGAGCUUUUGACCGCAGCGAAAGCAGAAAAUGCGAAUGAAGAGCUAGUACUGCAAGCCUCAAAGCUAAUAGCGAGGCUGAGAAGCGAAAGUGAAGUGCAGAAGCGGAUUUCGGCAACCGCAGUCCUCUGCGAAGUGGACUGCUUCAAGGAAGCUGAAGGGAGGGAAGAGAUGCCAGACUGGUCCCGUGACACAGAGAAGUUUGAAGAGUUUCACGAGGACUUCAAGCGAGUGAUGGAGGAUGCAGAGCGUGAUCAGAUAUCUGACGUGCUUAUGGGCACCGCCUUAGAGCAGCUCGAUAAGAUUGAGCGCCUACUGGUGGACAAGAAGCAAACCGAAGAAGAGAUGCGCCUCAAGGCGGCAAAGGCAUCGAAGAAAAAGGGCAAAAAGUGA